UUGGGAAACAUCUGGGGCGCGCCGGUGGAUGCGAGCAGGCAGGCGCAUGACGACACUGUAGCAGUGGGAGAUGAUGAUGAUGACGAUGAUGGUGGUAUAAAGCCGGCGAGGCGUGGGCAGCCGGCCAGAACUGCCAGCAUGACUCGCAUCGCUUGCGUCUUCAUUGUGGCCGUUGCUGGCCUAUCUGCAGCGUCAGAUGGCAAAAGCGAGCACUGGCUCGGCGCUUCGGACCGGCGCCAUGAGGGUUCGUGGACUUGGAUGGACGGGUCUACCGUCACCAUGGGCAUGCCCUUCUGGGCAUUCGACCAGCCCGACAAUUUUCGUGGCCAAGAGCAUUGUUUGGAGUUCAGUCACACGAAGAGUGGUUACUUCAACGAUCAACAAUGUUCCCGUGAAGUAUCCUUCGUCUGCCAAGCCCCAAUGUCGAUAAUCUCGUGGCCACGCCAAGACACAAUCCACAUUCUUGAGAGCCUGAAGCGGAAUUCUCUACACUAACACUCAACUUAGUCAGGAAUGAAUAAAAAACUUAACCUUGAAGUUGUUGUUAUAGCACCUUAUUAACCCUGGAUUGGUAUUUGUAGGUCCACCUUGACCGGUGCGCUUUCUACGCUUUGAGUUUCGCGCUAUAUUUCUCUCGGCAGUCCAUGUACAGUGGUUCUGGUCCUUCUUGUCGCACGCCAGAGUGCUUAUGACUAUGAGUCAGGACGCACGUACUCGAUCUGCGCUCCCACUGCUAUACAGGGUAUAAUAUGAUCUCAGGUGGACCUAGUGAUACCAUCCAUGUUAUAUAUUUUCAUAUGCUCCAGGUACCACAUUUUUUGUUCUGUACUGGGUUCUGUGGUCCUGUGUAGUGAAGAUCAAGUCUCCAACCUUAUCAUUUUCUAGGCUUUAUUCAAUACAUGCCUCUAUUGUAUCUUUUUUAAAUAUUUUCGAAAAGCAACCGUGAUGUAGAAGUAGUUUUAUUUCUUUAUUAACUACACUUGUACUUAUUAGCUAAUAUAGUUAUAAUUACUCUGAUGUCAGUCAAAAUUACCUAUUUUGUCAUAUCUGUAUAUGCAAAGCUCAUUAAAAUUACUGAUUGUA